UCUCAGCCAAUCUCGCGCUCUCUCUCUCUCAGUGACUCGCACCCUCUUUCGCUCUCUCUCUCUGUCACUCUUACUCUCUCUCAGUUGUCACGCUCUCUUCUUCGAGUUUUCCUCACUUGAUUUUUCCUCACACGAUCUCUCAGUCACCCACUCUCUUUCAUCACUCGUCUCUUUCGCCUCUGCCUCUCAGUUCCUCUUUUUUUUUUUCCAGAUUUUCCUCACUCGAUCUCUCUCAGCUGCUCUCUCUUGCUCUCUCAGUUUGAGAAUCGAUUUUGGGAUCAUAGGAAACGAUUGGCUUGCUCUAGCUUAUCUUUGUAUAUGUGCAAACGGAUAAUGAAGAUAUUGGAAAGCCAGUUUCAGAUUAUUUUGGUAUAAGAGAAAGUAUAAGAGAAAGUUAUGUAAGGCAAUUUAUAAAAAUUUCUCAUAAACCGUUAUAAGAGAAAGUAUGAGCUCUUCCUAGUGAUAGAAACUCAGAAAAUGACAAGACAAAAAUAUUCUGGAAUCAAGAUAACAACCAAGUACAUAAAAUUAUGUAAGGCAAUUUAUAAAAUGUACAUAAAAUGAUCGACAAAAGACAGGAAAAAUCAAAAGAGAGCAAAAGUUGGCCCAAUUUUCUGAAAAUGGAUUUAUUUGGAAUAAAAAAAAAGGAGAGGAAAUUCAGAGCAAAUGUUAGAAGGGGUGAAGAAAGGAUGAGAAAAAGUAUAUAGAAUAUAAACAAAAAAUUAAAAUAGUUUUCAUUUUCCUAACGUGGGCCUUUCAAAUUUUCUGAUGUUUAGCUGACCCAAGCCCAAACUCCAAACUCCACCUUGAACUUUAGCCUACUGACAGUCGUUUGCAACUUUUCUCGUUCGAUAUUUCUCCAUCUCUCAACCUCACGCCACCACUAGCAGGAAAAGCGCGCCUAUUACAGUAGAGUUUCUAGGUAGAAAUAAAUCAUAGCUGGAGAACUGAAGGAAGGCAACUAUGUCGUUCAUGAAAGGAGAUUUACUUACAAGAACCAGAAAGCUGGUGAAGGGCCUGGCCAAGGCUGAGCCUGUUUGGCUCAAAGCCAUGGAACGGGUACCGCCUGUAACAUUUCCUCGAGCAGAUGCAAUUCAGAAAAUCACACUCCCAGAGGAUGUCUACAUAAAGAAGUUUUUCAAAAAGCAUCCAGAUUCCAAACAUGAGGAUGCCAUCAAGUUUUCUGCUUUUGAUCCUCCUCCAGCCCGUAUAUUUGGUUUGAGGGUGCUUGAGUUGAAAGACCAAGGGGUUUCUGAGCAGGAGGCAAUGGCAGUAGCUGAUAUGGAAUACUGUAUGGAGAGAAAAGGAAAGAAAAUGGCAUAUUCUCGCUUGAAGAAAAUUGCACGCCUUCAAGGGAAGAAGCCUCCUCCCAACCCAUAUCCCAGCGCCGUCAAGGAGAUACAAGCUGAGGAAAAGAAGUAUGUUCGCGACCGUUUUUUCAAUCCCAGGAUUAGGCAAAUUUUGAGGAAAUUGCAAGAGGAGCAUGCAGCCGAGAGGCAGGACAGACUCCGAGGGGAAGGAGGUUCCUGAUAACUUAAUGUGCCAUCCUUUAAUAAUAAUUUUGGUUAGUUAGCCUCCCGAGAUUUGUUAUAUUGACUUUAGCUUUUGAUCAGGUAUUAGACAAGUGUGUUGAAAGUAUUCUUUUCAAAUAUUUUUCUUUCGCACCCUUUUCUCGAAGGUUAGAGAAAUGCUAUACAUUUGUGAAAUUGGCAUUAUAUGGAGGUUACACUG